AUGGACAAACCAGGGUGGUUUCGAAAACCAAUCAAGGCACUAAAUAUUUCACUGAAGACUGGGGACAUUGAUUCAAUACGGCACCAAGUACGGAGUUACAGCAGCGCCAUGCAGAUGACUCUACAAAUGGUUGCCAUUUGCCUCUCGAUUGAUGGGAAUAAUCAAGUAGACAUCCUAGGAGAUAGACUAGGUCAGCAGCUAGAAGAUCUCGCUGUUCAAAUCACAGAUAUCCAAGUAAAGGUGUCAAAAUCGAACCAAGAUCUCAGCGGGGGCACCACUGCGGCCGAAGAUAUUAACGGUAAAAGUCACAUGAAGCACAUUGAAGAGCACAUUCAGACUGCCGAGAUCAUAUUAUCAAAUGCCAGUGCAUAUUCUAAAAGUGUUUCUGCAACUGUCGUUGGACAUGGUGCUGACGUUGCUAAUCUUACUGGGGCGUUCGGAUCCGUCUUGGGAAUGGACGAUGUGCAGAGACAUAGAGUAAAGGAUUGGUUACCAAGAGAAGGGGUACCUAGUGAUGACGAUUCAGACGAUGACGACACGGACAAGGAUCUGUUUCUUGCAAGAGUAAAGGUAGCGCAAAAGAGGCUUGUGGCUAAAGAAUACGAAGCAGCACAGUCCCAGUUCGAAGCAUGUCUAUCUAAUAAGCCAAUCAUCGAAUCACUGCCCCUCCAUGAACUGGUAGAGCUCAGACUUGAUCUGGCUGAAGCUUGCCGAGGAGCUGGAAACGCCAAGAAACAACAAGACAUAAUCAACCAGUUACUGACUCUAGAGCUGCCGAAGUUUCAAGAAUUACACAUCAAACACACUCUGGCCGUAGCCUAUUUUGGUGAUUUUCGGCUGGAGGAAGCACGAGAGUCUGCGGAAGAGGCUAGGAAAGGACGAAAAAAGCAUCUAGGACGACAGCACGAGUCGUAUUUAGAGACACUGGCUCUUCUUGUUACUAUAUGUAAAGCACAAGGUGACAACGAUACUGCCGAUGUGUACCAGGAUCUGCUCCCUCCAGAUUAUCAUAACAUAAUUGAAGCCCAGCCAAAGGUACUGAGAGAGGCUGAUCGUCCAGUCCCUGAUCAAAAUAACCACGAAAUAAGAUGGCUGUCUGACAAGGAAUACGAUAUCAAGAACAAGAAGACAUAUUUCGAAGCUCUGCAAUACGCUAAGAAUGAACGAAAACUGCCCAUCGUCCGUUUCCUGCUGCAGUAUAGCACGGACUUCACCGCAAAAGACAAGGACGGUAAGACAAUGCUCACUUAUGCCUGCGAGAACGGAUUCGCCGAUAUCGCUGAAAAACUGCUCAACCAAGGAGCCGAUAUCAAGGUUCUUAGUGGCGAGGGAAGGAGUCUGUUAUUUUAUGCCCUGGACCACAAAGCAGUUCUCAAAUUGCUGUUUGAUCGCGGGGCAGGAAUAGACUGGGCGGACUCCCUUGACUUCCUUCUCUUCGUCGGCGUGCUACACAGAGCUGUCGAAUCUGUGGAAUUCUUACUUGAUAAUGGAGCCGACUUUAACUACCGCGGAACUCACUUUGAGACCCCUCUUCAGUCGGCGGCGAGGAUAGGUCACUUUGCUCUUGUGCGUCUGGUGCUGGAUAGAGGAGCGCAGAUAGACCUUACAACUCGAUUAGCCAUCUACACACCUCUGAUGUAUGCUACACGAGAAGGUCAUGUGGAGGUUAUGCGGUUACUCCUGAGUCGAGGUGCUGAUACGACGAUUAAGACCAGCGGCGCGAAUACGACUGCGUUCGAUUUGGCACAACUGUGGAAAAUCAGGAAUCCUGAAGUCCCUAAAUUGCUGAAAGAGGCGCAAAAUUGA